GGGAUGACGAAGGCAGUAUGGAAGUACCACAUCAACAAACUGUUUGAGUACUCGCAGAGUAAUCCUGAGCUGAAGUGGCAGGUCACAAACUGUGUGGCGUUGGAUCUGGUCAACCAUGGUGAUUCUGCGCUGGAGAACGAGGGCAUCCUUGGAUGGCAGUUCGACUGGAGAGAAGGCUCCCAUGACCUGAUCCAAGUUGCAAAGAGUCUCAAAUUACAAGGUGAAUCCAUAGUGAUUGGCCACUCCAUGGGCGGGUUCCAAUCAUUGUAUUCUACUCUCAUAUCUCCGCUCAUGUUUAAAUUCGUCAUUGCUAUUGAACCGGUUACACAUGGGGAUGAAAUGGCAAGCGUUGUAUUUGCUAAAAAGAUGCUUCCUGCGGUUGCUGGUGCGAUAUGCACAGAAUUUGCCAAUGAACAAGAGUAUUACAAGUACAUGAAGCAGAGGAGCUUCUAUAGGAACUUCCACCCACAGGUUUUUAGAGACUUUGUCGAUUCUGAGAAGAUCGUAAACCCAGAUGGUACUGUUCGUACAAAGACAACAAAGCAAAUCCAGAUGAUUUGCUACCAUGCAGGACUGCGAAUCUUCCCAAGGGGGUUAGAACUGAUAUCCAUGAUUGAACGACCAGUGGUGUUCGUUGCGGGCGAACGGGCAACCUGGACCCCCAAAUCUUGUGUUGGAGAGGUUAGAAACGCUUUACAACACGGCGAAUUCUAUGAGGUGCCGAAUGGUGAGCAUCUGGUGAACUGUGAGGAUCCAGAUGCCAUUAUUGAAAUCAUCCAGAAGAGCCUAACUAAGUAUGUGAAGGAGAAAUCAGAUACGAGAACUUCUGAACUGAUUGACCGUAAAAAGUAUAACGAGUUGUUCGAUGAAAAUUACUCUAAAUUGGCAGCUGAAUUCUUUGAAAGGAAGUCAAAGAUCUAAGCUAAUGACUUGGUGAACAAUACACACACAUUACGAAAUCUUGUGGAGC